AUGCAAGCUGCGUUGGUACAAGCAGGAUUUUCGGCCCUUGGUGCGUUUCUUCAAGUGUUGUUCGACAGGAUGGCUACCCGGGAAUUCCUGAAUUUGUUCCGGGGUAGAAAGAAGGACACCAAGAUUUUGAAGAAGCUUAAGACAACAUUGAAGACACUUCGUACAGUGCUGGAUGAUGCGGAGACAAGGGAAAUGAGAGACGAGCAUGUCCGGGAGUGGCUUGACGACCUUAAAGAUGUUGUCUACCACGCUGAUGACCGAUUGGAUGAGCUCAACGUUAGAUAUUUUGUAAUAUUUGGAGUCAACACUGAAGCAUUGCGGGUAAAAGUGGAAGGAGAAACCGAAGAAAAACAAGGCGGCCAUACAGGCCAAAAGAGUCAUCACAUAAAGGAUACUGUUGAAGAGUUAGAGUGUUUUGGGCAACAAAUUGAUCUCCUUGGUUUGCGAAAGGGACCAAUAAUUAAUGCUAAGAAAGUGUCUUUAAGUCUACCAUCAACUUCUUUGGUUAGUGAAUCACUUGUGGUUGGAAGGGAUAAUGAACUAGAGAAGAUAAUAAAUUUGUUGUUGUCUGAAGAUGCAAACAACAAAGAAAUUAGUGUAAUUCCUGUUGUGGGAUUACGUGGAAUUGGCAAAACAACUCUUGCUCAAGUUGUUUUCAGUCAUGAGAGGGUGAAAAAUCAUUUCAAUUUGAGGGCAUGGAUGAGGGACAGCCUCAAAGAUAAAAAGUUCCUCAUAAUAUUGGAUGAUGUCUGCAAUGAGCAAUACACUGAUUGGGACAUCUUCAGGAGCUCUCUUAGGUCCGAUUGUGUAUCCCAAACUGUGAGUAAUUGGGGAAAAAAUAGUAAAGAAGUGCAAAGGCUUGCCUCUAGCCGUGAAGACAGUGGCAGGUCUUUUGCACUCAAAGCAGGACGUAGAAGAAUGGAAGGACGUUUUGACUAUUGUUUUGCUCCCUUAUCAAUAUUUCCCAAGGAUUACCGUGUUGAUCAAGAAGAGAUAAUACGAUUGUGGAUUGCCAAUGGCCUUCUGCAGCAUCCUAAAUAUGACAAAACAAUUGACGAUGGAGGGUACCAGUAUUUCUGUGAACUAAGGGUUCGAUUCUUUUUUCAAAGAAGUGGUAACAAUAAGUUUUUAAUGCAUGAUUUGGUCGAUGAUUUGGGUCAAAGUGUUUCUUCAAAGUUUUGUGAUAGGCUGGAGAAUAGCUGGCAAAACUAUACACCUGAAAGAGUGCAGCACGUCUCAUAUCUUAAAGAAGAUUAUGAUGUGUUUGAGAAAUUCAAAACGGUUAAAGAUGCCAAGGGUUUGAGGACCUCUGUAAGAAUCUUGUCUUUGUCUCAACAUUCUGGAAUAAGAGAAUUACCUCCUUCAGUAAUUGGCAGUUUGAAACAUCUCCGGCUUUUAGAUUUAUCUUCAACAGAAAUUGUAAAGUUGCCAGGAUCAGUAUCUACUCUGUACAAUCUUCAGAUGUUGUUGUUGUCAGGCUGUGCAUAUCUUAAUGAAUUGCCCAAAGGAUUAGGGUUAGAGAAUGUUGUUAAUGAAAGGGAUGCAACCAGUGCAAAUCAGAAGCUAAUUGAAAAUCUCAUAAUGGAAUGGAGUGAUUCUGAAGUUGAAAAUUCAGUUAGUGUGAGGGACACACUUGAAAAGUUACAGCCACAUAUGGGCCUAAAAUCCCUAAAACUCUUAUCACUUCGGCGGGACAAAAUUCCCUGA